AUGGCGACCCGCAAAUCUCCCUUACGAGACCGUCUGCUAUCCAACUCCCCCGAUCCUAUCAAGUCUUCAAUCUUGCGAGAGUCUGGCAUGGGUUGGAGCUCUUCAACCACGGGCUCGAUCUCAUCCUCUGGAAGCAAUGGCUCUAUUACCUCACCACUCCGCAUUUCCAAGCGAGAUUCACCUGCCCGCCCAAAGGGCCCUGUCGUUGCCCGCCGUACUUCUUCCAGCUAUCGCCAUGUACACAACAACAACCUUGUAUCAAAGUCUCCCUUCAAGUCUCAAAUCCCCACAUCUGCGACCCCGUCCUCUCGACCAGUCCCAAUUACCUUCCCAACCAGGAAGGUUUCUGGAGAAAAGCGUCCUCGUCCGGCAUCUAUGCAUGAACAAGCAGAGACCGAGAACGACCGACCCUUUGCCCUGAAGAGGGAUUGCAAACAGAGCAAAACCUUUCAAGGUCUCAUUGAGAAGGAGCCAGUGACCAAAAGUCCCUUCAAACUUCGACAGAGUGCUCAAGCGUCCGAGACAAAACCGGUCCUCAUUCCUCCAGCGCCGCCUCUCCACGACACCACACCAGUUGUAUCAACGCCGCCUUCUUCCUCACACAUACAGCCUCCUCCCGUUACGACAGCCAAGGGCCCUUCUCCGGCGCGCUCAGCCUUGGUUUCAAGGCGGUUACAUGGUCCACGUCUCAGUGGCGGAGGAAGACGGGAGCGGAGGAAGACUGUUACGUUCCACGAGCGGUGCGAUGUGCUCGAGUUCGACAGGGAUGAAGAUGAAGACAUGGAAGAAGUAUUCGAAAGCGCAGACGAAGAAGAGCUCCCGGACGAGCAUCAUGACGAGCACGACCACCCAGAAGACGGCGAUGAUCCGUUCAACGAUUUUUUGCAUGGAAACAACGACCGAGAUGAGGUUAUGGAAGAUGACACUUCUUAUGAUAGUGUACGAUUAUCUGACGCAGGCGUCAACCCUUCCGUUCCUUCGCUCCUUUCUGAUCCAGAUGCAAGCAUCACUGGAAUCGUCGAGGAGAUGUUCUUCUCAACUAACGCCGCCAAUCUCCUUGCAGAUGCUAGCAUGACGUCUGGGAUGAGCACACCACCGCGACACCAUGACAUUCCAACUGACCUUGAAACGGAAGACGGCGUUCCUUUCGGUAGAAGCCAUCAUAUUGAACGCUUUCUGCAGCAUAAUCAACACCCAUCUCAUGUUCAUCAGCCACCCCAUUUUUCACCUACCGGUUCGCCACCGCAUCACAGCUCUCCCCAUCACCAUAGCCCUUCAUCAUAUCCGUAUGCUUUUAAUCUCCCAACGGCUGCAUCUCCUUAUGGUCCUCCGGCUACGCCACCUCGUCGCUCUCCUGGCGUGCAACAUAGCACGCCACCUCUGGGUCGGUCGACUCAUGCUGAGAGGGUUCUCAAGGCUCGCGAAGAACAGAGGGAGGAGGAAGAAGAGAUUGAUGACGUUGAGCGGCUUCCAGUCAGCCCCUCGCCUAUGAAGAAGGCGAGAGAAUCAACGACACUCGAAGAAGGGCUGAUCCCAAAAUUGGACCUCAUGAACUCAGGAAAUCAACGUGAUCCUGAGUCCAACACCAGCGCAAAUUUGAGCAUUGAUUCAUUCGCUCCUCGGUUACAAGAUGAAUCCAUUCUUUCUGACUUGUCAAGGCAAAGCAAUCAAUCCUCCAAGGAGGAUUCAAUGGACCCGUCGAAUCUUUCAGUAGGUAGCUCAGAAGUUAGCAUCUCGCACCUUACUGGUGAACGCGAAUCCAACGAGAUGCUGACAAGUCUUGAGGCGCCCGCAUCCACAGAAGAUUCUCCGAAAACGACCUUCCGUGAACCCUCCCCGCCCGCACUAACAGAGCUCCAGGCAGCGAUGUUGAGACGUACCGCGUCGCCAGCCUCCAAUAAUGGUUCGCCCUUGCUUACCCUCAGGUCUCACGAGCAAGGCCUCGUCAAGACGUCCAGUCGUGAAAGGUUCUCUCGGGAAGAAGUCCAACGAAGACUUUACAAUCACCGCCAGCAAAGUAGCCCCAGCCUUCGCUCAUCGGUGGACGGACCUAAUCCUGCUAUUACUAUCAAUCGGGCUGAUGAACUCAACCUCCAGCCUUCCAACCUCUUUGACAAGGAGAAAGAUAGGAGUUCGGUCCUGACCACUCAGACGGACUUCAGCACUGAGACUGCCAUUGUCGAAACCGUCGAGAAGAGGGUAUUGGGUAUGGCGACCCUCUCUCCUCCUAGAGCGGACGACAAAGAAUUCGGCCUUCUUACACCCAACUCAGGGCUCCAGCUCGAUUUUGGCAGCCGAUUUGGAGUGGGAGGGCUAGGAAUCCUGAUAGGUGAUGAUUCAAAGAGCAUCCACAUCCAAGAUACCAUUGAAGCUCCUGCCCCGACGCCAACUCGCCCUGCUAGUAUCGAGAGUGGUAGCUCCGAGGUGAGGGUAGGAAACGUCGAUGUCGACAUGGAGAUGAAGAGUGCCCUUGACCGCUUAAUGGAAGAUGUAGCCGGCGCCGGAGCACCGCCGGACGACUCAAUGUUGACCGAUGAGUACGAUGACUCCUUCGAGCGGUCGCAUACGCAAUCUCAAGACGAUCACGAACCUUUCCGCAGUUCAUCUCGACCGAGAAUCCUGGAGCGUGCCGCGACGGACUCAGUGCUGCUGCAACAGAAUGAGGCGGGUGGUGUUACGAGCCGAACCGUCAGUGGGUCGUCGUCGAUCAUGUUGCCUCCUCCUCCUGUUCCUCCAAAGGACAACAUCAAGAGCAGGGAGCAAUUGAUCCUUGAGAAGAGGCGUGAAGCUCGGCGAUUGGAAGAGGAGGCUGAGGAGGAGUUCUACUCUCGUGGCAGGGAUCAAAGGAGUUUAGGAGUCGGCCGGCCUAGUCGACGGCGCAGCAUGAGCACAGGCGACGCGGAAGUGCUGAGCAGGAGUGCUAAGAAGAGAGGCGACAUUCUCCUCGAUGUCGCCAGUGAAGCGGUUGGCAAAGACGAUCCUCUUUCGGACAGCAUAGAGAGGGAGUUGCAGAAGCUGUCGGACGUACCGAAGAGAAGCAAAUAUCUCGUCCGUGAACGCGAGGGCACCAUCUACGCAACUUCUUCGGUCGAAAGAAUUUCACAUAUGGCUGGUGCCGGCGAUGUGGAUGCAGGUCGGGCGUGGAAGAUGGUUAGGCGGCCCUCAGACAUGAACGAAUACGCGAAACAGAUUAAGGAGUAUCGCGCUCAAGAUAAAGGAAAGGCGUAUGGAAAGGUUUUUGUUAGAGUGAAAUCGAUCACGGGUCUUCAUUUGCCUCUCCCUCGAGAGCCUACAGCCAUGACUUGCACUCUCAACAACGGUAUUCAUUUCGUAACUACUCCCGAGUGUCAACUAUCGCAGGAAUGCCGCAUCGAACAAGAAUUCGAACUCAUCGAACAUAGCAAGUUGGAGUUUACCCUUACCCUGAAAGUACGCCGCGAUCCGCAUAUCAUCGCGCAAUAUAAAGCUGUUUCCGCACCGGCACCGGUUGUUGCUGUUCCACCCCCGCCUCCCCUUGCCGUCCAAGUUGCGAAAAGCAGUGGGAAGCGAAGCUUCUGGUCAUCAUCUCCUAAAAAAUCCUCAAAGGAGAAGAUCGUGGUUCAACCCCCGCCCCCACCCCCUCAACCCCAGCCAGUCCAUCGACUACCGGAGAACCUUGCGAGGCACCUUAAGCCAGAUGGCACACUCGCUCGGGCAUUCGUCUCCUUCAAGGAUAUCGCCAGUCACUGCGAUACACGGGUGUUUGAAACACGAUACCCGCUGAUCGGUCAGCGCGUAGAGCUGGGCGGAAAGUAUUCCACGAUGGAAGUUGGCGAGAUUACUCUUCAGGUGUUUAGGCUUCCACCGCUACCUGGUCUUCCUCAAGAUCAACUCCCUCUAAGCCUCGAAGAAUGCCAACGUGGCUUGCGGCAUAUCAACUGGCACAAGGUGACUUACUUUGAAGGUAUCCUCACUCAGAAUGGGGGUGAUUGCAGUACAUUGCACAGAAGACCCUACAGGAUAAUUGGGUCAAAUCUUAUAGCCUUCAGUGACAUCACAAAGAAGGCCACAGCAACCAUCGAUUUGAAGAAGGCCAUCAAUGUUCGAGAUGAUCAAGAGGAUGCUCGAAGUCCAGUUGGCGCGCGUAGCAGCCGAUACGAUGACGACGAAGGUCUCUACUCGCUCAAGCAUUCGUUCCGUUUGAUUUUCCCACACAACCAGGAAAUCGUCUUCUCUGCCGAUAACGAUGAGGGCAAAGCUAGAUGGCUCGAAGUACUGCGGGCUCUAGUGGGCCACAUUCCACCUCACCCUCUCUGGGGUGAGCUGCUCUGGCAGCGUCAGGAAGAGAUCAGCAAGCGCAUGACAGCCGCGCAACAAAUCAUACCCCAAUCCAUACCUGUUCACUCAUCAAGACAUCCGCAACCACGCUAA